AUGGAGGAGUUCCAAGGUCGAGAGCCACGCGGCCAGAUCAUGAGCGAGACUCGAUCCCUUGAGCUCAACCAACGAAAAUGGUGGAUCUCUGUUAUCUUCUGCGGUUUCUUGAUCUUUUCCGGAGACUCCCUCGUCAUGCUUCUCCUAAACUUCUUCUACAUGCAAGACAAUCGAUCAGAGAGUAAUCAAGACCGACAAUACAGAGGAACAUGGACGCAAGCUCUGAUCCAAAACGCUGCCUUCCCUAUCCUGAUCCCACUCUUCUUCAUCUUUCCUUCACCGAAACCAAUCCAGGAAACAGUCUCAUCAGACCAAACCAACAAUCCUCGUCCUCCCUUGUUUCGUGUUCUCUUGCUAUACGUUUCUCUCGGUGUUCUUGUUUCUGUUUAUAGCAAGUUAUACGCUCUGGCGAAACUAUACGUAGGUUGGGGCAUUCUGGUAUCAACUCAGUUGAUACUAACAUCCCUCUUUUCAGCUUUCAUAAACCAUCUCAAGUUUAACCGAUGGAUCAUCAUAUCCAUAAUCUUCACUCUUGCGGCCGACUUUUUCAGCAGCCCUGGAUUUGCUGGAACUCCUGAUGAAGAUGAAACCGAUGCUUAUGAUAUUAAGGCAUGGUUGAUCCUCAUUUUCCCUACUCUUGCUUUCUCCUUGUCUCUGUGCCUAAUGCAACUCGGGUUUGAUAAAGUGCUGGUGAAGACGAAGAGGUACGGUAACAAGAAAGUGUUUCGUAUGGUUUUAGAGAUGCAGAUCUGCGUUUCCUUCAUCGCCACGAUCAUUUGCCUAGCGGGUCUGCUUGCGAGUGGUGAGUUUAAGGAGUUGAAAGGAGAUAGCGAGAGGUUUAAGAAAGGGAAAACUUACUACGUUCUGAGUUUGGUCGGGCUGGCUCUCUCGUGGCAGGUCUGGGCGGUCGGGCUGUUAGGUCUGGUGCUUUUGGUGUCAGGUGUAUUCGCUGAUGUGGUUCAUAUGUGUGCUUCACCGGUUGUGGCUCUGCUUGUUGUGUUGGCUUUUGAUUUCGCGGAUGAUGAGUUUGGAUGGCUGAGAAGAGGUGCUUUGCUUGGAGCAGUCUUGGCUCUAGCGUCUUACUUCUAUUCCCUCCACAAAACAAAGAAGAAGAUCGAAGAACUGAACAAAAGACAGAACAACAACAACAACAGUGAAGCUUAA